AUGCCGAAAGAGCGCAACUACAACCCUGUACAGGCUCAGCGGAAAGCCGACAAGGCCAAGGAGAUCAAGAAAGGAAAGGCGCAACAAGCUGCCCGCCAGAAUGAGAAGUUCGCCAAGCGAAACCCCGAGCGCAUACAAAAACAGAUCGAUGACCUAAAGGCUAUCGCGACUGGCGGUGGCAAGCUCACAAGCCAUGAAGAAUCCACCCUGCAGAGCCUCGAGCGAGACCUGAAGUUGGUGCAAAAGGCACGCGAAGCUCUGGGCGACCAAGCACCAACCUUCGGACGAGGAGCUCCAAGGCCUGCCGGUCAAGGCGUCUUGGGCAAGAGAAGGCGUGACCAGGACGACGUGUCCAGUGACGAUGAUGAUGUGCCCCAGGACGUUAAGAGCAUACCCAUGCCACGAGAUACGCCUCCGCCCAUCCCGAAAGCCAUCCUGGACGAGUGGUACGCGAAGAGGAGAGCUAAGCGAACCAAUCCCAACGAGACACCCUUGGGCGACAGCAGAGGACGGCCAACGCCAAAAGGAGACAGGGAACCAUCCGCCCCAGCACUUCCAGUGGCUGCACAAACCGUUUACGAAGCCAAACCCGUCAUCCGCGACCUCAAGAAGGAAGCUGUCAGUGCGUUCAUGCCGACUGUUGUGCGGAGGAAACUGGACAAGAGCAAAGGACAAGGCGGCCUCAUGGAGCCAGAGGAGGCCGACCGCCUUGAGAGAGAAGGUUAUCUUGGUACAGGCAGUUCUGCAACUACAUCGGGACCCAAAACUGUUACGAUGGAGGAGGUCGAUGACGAGCAUGAAGCUUAA